AUGCCCCGGGCGAUUUCGUUUGGGUCCCCGGUGUCACUGUUGCUGCCACCCCUGCUGCUGCUGCUGUUGCCGCUGCCCCGCGGCGCUAGGGGUCUCGGGGAGCGCUUGGACGUCGCCUCGGACUAUUCGGCUCUGGAAGGCGAGGAGGGCGCGGAGCAGCAGCUGGAGCAUUACCACGACCCAUGCAAAGCCGCUGUCUUCUGGGGAGACAUUGCUUUGGAUGAAGAUGAUCUGAAAUUAUUUCACAUUGACAAGGCCCCAGACUGGACCAAGCCAUCAGUGGAGGAAUCGGGACAUGGCACAGGUGGACUUGAAGAGCAGCCAUCUGAGAGCUGGACAAACGCUACUGCCUUGAAUGCCAGCAGCCAGGAAGCUAGAAAGGAUGGUAAAGAGGACAUCAUGCUUCCGCACAGCCCUGGGACCUUGGAUGCCACAGCCAAGACCUUCUCUGCCCGGGUUCGAAGAGCCACAACUUCAAGAACUGAGAGGAUAUGGCCUGGAGGCGUCAUCCCCUAUGUCAUCGGAGGGAACUUCACUGGCAGUCAGAGGGCCAUUUUCAAGCAGGCCAUGAGACACUGGGAGAAGCACACCUGUGUGACCUUCAUUGAGAGGACGGAUGAGGAAAGCUUUAUCGUUUUCAGUUACAGGACCUGUGGCUGUUGCUCCUAUGUUGGGCGUCGAGGAGGGGGUCCCCAGGCCAUAUCCAUUGGGAAAAACUGUGACAAGUUUGGCAUUGUGGCUCACGAACUGGGCCACGUGGUUGGUUUCUGGCAUGAACACACCCGGCCAGACAGAGACCAGCAUGUCACCAUCAUCAGAGAAAACAUCCAGCCAGGUCAGGAGUAUAAUUUCUUAAAAAUGGAAGCUGGGGAAGUGAGCUCUCUGGGAGAGACCUACGACUUUGACAGCAUCAUGCACUACGCCCGGAACACCUUCUCAAGAGGGGUUUUCUUAGACACCAUCCUUCCCCGUCGGGAUGACAAUGGCGUCAGGCCAACCAUUGGCCAGCGUGUGCGUCUCAGUCAGGGAGACAUAGCUCAAGCCCGGAAGCUGUACAAAUGCCCAGCUUGUGGGGAGACCCUUCAGGACACAACAGGAAACUUUUCUGCACCUGGUUUCCCAAAUGGCUACCCUUCUUACUCUCACUGUGUCUGGAGGAUCUCUGUCACUCCAGGGGAAAAGAUCGUCCUGAACUUCACAUCCAUGGAUUUGUUUAAGAGCCGACUGUGCUGGUACGAUUAUGUGGAGGUCCGGGAUGGUUACUGGAGAAAAGCCCCCCUAUUGGGUAGGUUUUGUGGUGACAAGGUCCCAGAGCCCGUGGUUUCCACGGACAGCCGGCUCUGGGUGGAGUUCCGCAGCAGCAGCAACAUCCUGGGCAAAGGUUUCUUCGCGGUGUAUGAAGCUACCUGUGGGGGAGACAUUAACAAAGAUGCAGGCCAGAUUCAAUCUCCCAACUACCCAGACGACUACAGGCCUUCCAAGGAAUGUGUGUGGAGGAUUACAGUUUCGGAGGGGUUCCACGUGGGACUUACCUUCCAAGCUUUCGAGAUCGAAAGGCACGACAGCUGCGCCUAUGACUACCUGGAGAUCCGGGAUGGCCCCACGGAGGAGAGCACGCUGAUUGGCCACUUCUGUGGCUAUGAGAAGCCAGAGGAUGUGAAAUCGAGCUCCAACAGACUGUGGAUGAAGUUCGUGUCUGAUGGUUCCAUCAACAAAGCGGGGUUUGCGGCCAAUUUUUUCAAGGAGGUGGACGAGUGCUCCCGGCCAGAGCAUGGCGGGUGUGAGCAGCGCUGUGUGAACACACUGGGCAGCUACAAGUGCACCUGCGACCCCGGCUACGAGCUGGCCGCCGACAAGAAGACGUGUGAAGUGGCCUGUGGCGGUUUCAUUACCAAGCUGAACGGAACCAUCACCAGCCCUGGAUGGCCCAAGGAGUAUCCCACAAACAAAAACUGUGUCUGGCAGGUGGUGGCCCCUGUUCAGUACCGCAUCUCCCUGCAGUUCGAAGUGUUUGAACUGGAAGGCAAUGACGUCUGCAAAUACGACUUUGUGGAGGUGCGCAGUGGCCUGUCCCCUGACGCCAGGCUGCAUGGCAGGUUCUGUGGCUCAGAGACACCCGAGGUCAUCACCUCCCAGAGCAACAACAUGCGUGUGGAGUUCAAGUCUGACAACACCGUCUCCAAACGUGGCUUCAGGGCCCACUUCUUCUCAGACAAGGACGAGUGUGCCAAGGACAACGGUGGCUGCCAGCACGAGUGCGUUAACACGUUUGGGAGCUACCUGUGCAGGUGCAGGAGCGGCUACCGGCUGCAUGAGAACGGGCACGACUGUAAAGAGGCCGGCUGUGCACACAAGAUCAGCAGUGCAGAGGGGACCCUGGCGAGCCCCAACUGGCCUGAUAAAUACCCCAGUCGGAGGGAGUGUACCUGGAACAUCUCUUCGACCGCAGGUCACAGGGUGAAACUUACAUUCAAUGAGUUUGAGAUCGAGCAGCACCAGGAAUGUGCCUAUGACCACCUGGAGAUGUACGACGGGCCCGACACCCUGGCCCCCAUCCUCGGCCGGUUCUGUGGCAGCAAGAAACCAGACCCCGUGGUGGCUUCGGGCAGUAGCCUGUUUCUCAGGUUUUAUUCCGAUGCCUCUGUGCAGAGGAAAGGCUUCCUGGCAGCAUACAGCACAGAGUGUGGGGGCAGGCUGAAGGCUGAAGUGCAGACCAAAGAGCUCUAUUCCCACGCCCAGUUUGGGGACAACAACUACCCGAGCCAGGCCCACUGUGACUGGGUGAUCGUGGCAGAAGAUGGCUACGGCGUGGAGCUGAUAUUCCGGAUCUUCGAGGUGGAGGAGGAGGCCGACUGUGGCUACGACUACAUGGAGGCUUACGACGGCUACGACAGCUCGGCACCCAGGCUGGGCCGCUUCUGUGGCUCAGGGCCAUUGGAAGAGAUCUACUCUGCUGGGGAUUCCCUGAUGAUUCGAUUCCACACGGAUGACACCAUUAACAAGAAAGGCUUUCAUGCCCGAUAUACCAGCACCAAGUUCCAGGAUGCCCUGCACAUGAAGAAAUAAUGCCCACGUUCUCGAAAGAGAGGCAUUGAGAAUGCUUUUACAACAGCACCUGGCAAAUCAGCCCUAAAACAGCAUACAGUAUAUUUCUCAAGAAAAAAAACUCAAAAUCCAGUCUUGAAGGUAUAUAUUUGAAUGAAGGCACAUGCACGUUUGGCCAAGGAGGAGGGAAGAUGUUCCCUUGGUUCCAGCAGCAGUGUUGUCAGUGGGCUGUAGAGAUUAAGGCCUGAAGUCCACUUGAGCUACGUGUCUUCCUGCUCGCACUCCAUCCCUUGCUCCUGGCGGGCAAGAGGCCAGCCCUAGGGUUGGUGGGUCAGUCCUCUUCCUCAUACUUCUAUAGGUGCCACGAAAUCUGACCGAAUCCUGGAGAUGCAGGUUACACUGAGCAGUGAGGAUAAAAGCUUAACUAAUUUAUUAGAGCUUGGCUGGAAACUUUUGCCUUCUCUCCGCCAGGGACCUGUCAACCAGGAAACCUGAAAAGGUGAACAUCGGGCUAAAAGAGACAUAACAGCAAGCAGCGCACACAGGAGCUUUGAGCACGAGAAUUGUCACUGCGAAGGUGGAAGACCUCAAGCAUGUUCCUCCCCACCCUCUCUGGGCUCCCCCAUCCCUAAUUGCGUUAAGGGGCCAUGGCAUCCGCUGUAAACUCCAGCAGAACAUUUGCUGGGGAGAAUUCCUAGUUUUCCAAAAAGAAAACAUCCUGGCUCCUCCUGGUAUCGCCACUCUCACUGCCGUGAGGAUCCCCACCUGUGCUUGGGGAGGUCCCUGGGCCUGGAAGACCCUCCAACUGUGGAAACACCUGCUGCUGUGAACCUUGACUCCUUGACAGCGGGUUCAAACUGCAUCUGCAAGACGUGCAAAGACAUCUCAGGAGGGGCCUGUUCAGGUCCCUCACGGGUGAACACUGUUGAAAAUAAUUCUGUUAUGUUAGAAUCAUCACCUGGUGGAAAAAGUCCACCUGUGACCAAUCUCCUGUAACCAAACAGGUUAAAGAGUAUGCUGGUAACUUUUCUCAGAUUAACUAGCAUUCAAUCACCAACUUGCAAUCAGGAUUCACAACACUUGGCACUUGUUCUAGGGAAGUACGGAGGAUGAUGUUUACAUGAUUUUAGCACCUCAAGGUAUAAUUUAAACAAUGAUUAGUUUUGAAUGGCAUUUCAUUAAGGCAUCUAUGGGCAUUAUGAGCUAAAAGC